UAUUAAAGAAGGCGUGGCAAUAUAAGUUUUGCUGCUGUGCUUCUGUUCGUCCUGACGGUCCUGUUCCAAUCGCCCGGCACAGCAAAGAAAGAGGAAGAGAUGCCGUCAAAGAACAAGUUUAAAGCCAGAGCUGGAGCCAUUACUCCACUGAAAAUGCCAGAAGUCCAAGCCACACCAAAGCCACCUCCCAGCAUUGAUUUACCAGAUGUUGCUACAGUCACGAUUGAUAAUGAGACAUUUGAGCUGUCAGUUGAUGAUCUUGACGUCGAGGAAGAGUUGGGUAGAGGGCAGUAUGGGCAGGUGAACAGAAUGAAACACAAGCCAACUGGAAAGAUAAUGGCAGUCAAAAGGAUAAGAGCUACUCCGGAUCAAGCUGAAAAUAAGAGACUGUUAAUGGACUAUAAUGUAGCCAUGAGAAGCAUAGACUGUCCAUUCACUAUAACGUUCUAUGGGGCAUUAUUUAGAGAGGGAGAUGUGUGGAUAUGCAUGGAACUAAUGGAUAAAUCACUAGAUAAGUUAUAUCAGCUCGUUUAUAAGAAAUUGAAUGAGAAGAUACCUGAAGUUAUCGUUGGCAAAAUGGCCGACUCUACAUUAAAGGCAUUAACAUAUCUUCAUGAUGAAUUACAAGUGAUGCACAGAGAUGUCAAGCCUUCGAAUAUAUUAAUUAAUAAAAAAGGAGAGAUCAAACUGUGCGAUUUUGGUAUUGCUGGAGAGCUGGUCAAUUCCUUGGCUAAAACUGAUAUUGGUUGCAGACCAUAUUUGGCACCUGAGAGAAUAUAUGGUGGUCAGCACAAGUAUGAUCACAGAUCUGAUGUGUGGAGCUUGGGGAUCACUUUGUGCGAGUUAGCAACUGGUGAAUUCCCCUAUCCUCCUUACCGCAACCUUUUUGAGCAAAUAAAACUAGUCGUUGAGGGUGCCCCUCCUCAAUUACCAGACGAUGGAACCUUCUCUGAAGACUUUAGGGACUUUGUAUCAAAGUGUUUGACAAAGGAACGGGAUGAGAGACCUCGCUACGAGGUCUUAAAUGGACACAAGUUCAUAAAAACUAUUGAAUCGUCUGAUGUCAAUAUUGCCGAGUGGUACGAGGGUGUCCUGCUGCGUGAGAGCAGUCCAGCUCCUUCGUUAGAAAAGCCAAAAUAAGAACCAUCAUUCACCUGAAAUUGAAUGCUUGCCUAAUUUUUGUAUCCUCCAGUUUUCUAUCUCUACCCCUCUCUUACACUCUCUAAUUGUGUUCUACCAUUUACAUGUAUCAUGUUAUAUUAUUAUUAUUAUUAUUACUGUUAUGAUCAUGUUGCGCUUUUUUAUACUUGAUUGUCUUUUCUGAUUUCCUUUGAUAUAGAUC